AGACAUCACUGUUUACUUUGAAAAACAAGUAGAGGUACUAAUGGGGUCCGUCACCUCCGCACUCACUCGCUCCAAGAAUACUGUGGUCCAAGUCAGUUCAGAUCCUGAGACCGAAACGGAACGAUCUUCGAGAGAUUCAGUCCGGGGGAAGAAGCGCGGCAUCAUUGCCAGGACUGGAGUGUUUUCUUCACAGAAGGGCCGUCAUGGGUCUGCAAAGGAGUCCGGCAGACCGCUGCUGUCCGAGGUGCUGAAAGGUCAGGACAUAGCAGGUGGCGGUGAGAGCACGAGAUCGGCUUUGGACCAUCUAGCCAACUCCGUUGCAAAUGAAACUGGAGAAACCAAUUCUAGGCCUCUUGCAAGAUUUGCCCGUUCAAAAUCACAAAAUACUUUGUGGAAUGCCAUCACAGCAGGAAUUGGAAUCAAGGAUAAAGAGAAAAGAGGGAUUCUUAUUGAUCCUAGGAAUCCAGAAGAAAUCCUUGCAGAUGAACUUCCUCCAGUGGAUAGUCCUGAUGCUAUGGAGAAGACGGCCAUCAGGUUGCGAUGCUUGGUUAAACAACUGGAAAGAGGAGAGGCUUCAGUCGUAGACCUUAAAAAGAAUUUGGAAUAUGCUGCUUCAGUGCUUGAGUCGGUGUACAUCGAGGAAACAAGACGUCUUGUUGACACCGAAGAUGAACUCAGUGACAUUCAGUCCGACUCUGUGCCCUCUGAAGUGCGGGAUUGGUUAGCCUCCACCUUCACAAGGCAAAUGGGAAUGAUGCUGAAGAGAACAGAAGAGAAGCCCAGAUUUAGAAGCAUUGUUCAUGCCGUACAAGCUGGAAUAUUUGUUGAAAGAAUGUACAGAAGGACAUCAAACAUGGUUGGAUUAAGCUACCCUCCAUCUGUCAUUGCUGUGCUAAAGCAUGUUGACAAGUGGUCUUUUGAUGUCUUUGCACUUAAUGAUGCAAGUGGAGACCAUGCAUUAAAGUUCAUUUUUUAUGAACUUCUUACAAGAUAUGAUUUAAUUAAUCGUUUUAAGAUUCCCAUUUCAGCACUCGUGUCAUUUGUGGAAGCUCUUGAAGUUGGAUAUAGCAAACACAAAAAUCCAUAUCACAAUCUCAUGCAUGCAGCAGAUGUUACCCAGACUGUGCAUUACCUCCUUUUAAAGACGGGGAUGGUGCACUGGCUGACAGAACUGGAGAUUUUCGCCAUGAUAUUUGCUGCUGCUGUCCAUGAUUAUGAGCAUACUGGGACUACAAACAACUUUCAUAUUCAGACCAGGUCUGACACAGCCAUUUUGUACAAUGACCGGGCAGUGCUCGAAAAUCACCACGUAAGUGCAGCUUACCGACUUCUACAGGAUGAUGAGGAAAUGAACAUUUUGUACAAUUUAUCAAAGGAUGACUGGAGAGAACUCCGUGCUCUUGUGGUGGAGAUGGUGCUUGCUACAGACAUGUCCUGUCAUUUCCAACAAAUCAAGGCAAUGAAGAAUUCCUUACAGCAACCUGAAGGAAUUGACAAGCCAAAAGCCUUAUCUUUGCUGUUGCACACUUCUGAUAUCAGUCAUCCUGCCAAAAACUGGGAGCUACAUCAUCGCUGGACCACAUCAUUACUUGAGGAAUUCUUUAGACAGGGUGAUAAAGAGGCAGAGCUUGGGCUUCCUUUCUCCCCACUUUGUGACCGAAAAUCAACCAUGGUAGCUCAAUCACAAAUAGGUUUUAUCGAUUUCAUUGUGGAGCCAACGUUCACUGUGCUUACUGAUAUGACAGAGAAAAUUGUUACUCCCCUGAUUGAUGAAGCAGCUCGCUCUGGCCUUACUGGAUUUCGCCGUUCCAGCUUAAACAGUAUCACCCCUACUGAAGUAAAAAGAUCCAGUGUGAAGAGUACUGGGUCCGAAGGAAGUGCCUCACUUAACUGUUCACUACUCACUGUGGAUUUUAAAAAUUUUAAAGCCAUUUGGUAUGAAACUGUGCUACAGAAUAGAGAAAAAUGGAAGGCACAAGCAACCAAAGAAUCUGAAGAAAAAGCUAAGAGAGAUGCUGAAGAGAAAGCCUGGCAGGAGUCUGAAGGAGGUGAAAACACAGCUACAGAAGCACAGGGACAGGGUGGUGAAGAAACUGUUGAACAAAAGGAGGGCAAGAAUGGUACUAUUAAUGGGGCUGAAAUGAAUUGCACUUCAGAUCGUCCAGAUCCCAAAGAUGAAGAAGGAAAAAAAGGAAAAGAUGACAAAAAACAGCAAGUACAAAAUGAAGCUGAGCUGGAUGUGAAGAAAGGUGCUGAUUCUGCUGCAGCUGAUGGUGACGGUGCAAACUAAAUCCAAACUUUUAGCUGAGACUUCUCAUUUUAAAACAUGAACAUUUCCAGGGAUGGACAUUGUACAGUGUUUCAACACUCUUCCCCUUAAGAGUUGUAGAUGUGAUUUUUAUAUUUUUCUCUUUUUUUGUACAGGCAAGAAGAAUGAGUCAUAACUAUUGUUUCCAAAAUGGUGGAAUUGCACAUUAAUUAGCCUAGGUUAUUUCAAAUCAUGCUUUUUGAAAAGGAUUAGGCCAACAUUACUAGUAUGUUAAGAACAUGCAUCAGGACUCACUUGUUUGUUAGAACUUCAAAAUAAAUUUAAGAUGUCAUUCUGAAAUAUAAGAUUGUAUGAGAUUUUAAAAUGCGACCCAAAAAGCAGUGCACAAUAUAACUAAGAGGUCAGCUGCUGUAAGUUUAUGAGGUUUUCAAAAUAUGUCUCAACUAACCCAUUUAUUUGCACAACAUAAAUUGCAAAAUAAUGUGGAAUGUCCUUGAAAUUAUUGAUCUUACUGACAAAUGCAUGGAUUUAUAUUGUAUUCUGCUUAUUUAAGACUGCUGGUCUUACUAGAAAAAAAACAUUUUGAUGAAGGGCAGCAGUGAUCAUGCAAAACACACUUAUUAUAUUAGCUAUGAAAACUGCUGACACAAAAAGGCGCAUUAAAAUCAUCCAGUUGUGAAUAUGCCAGUGCCUGUAACAAAUCUGUGUAACGAUGCCAGUAAAUCUAAUUCUUAUUGUGUCUGUGGACUUCAUGCAGCAGUGUCAGCUUGUAUGUUCUGUAAAUGACACAAAUAGUAAGCUAAAGUUGUAAAAUUAAGUUGUUUUAUAAUGGAAUGAAAAUUUCCAGGGCUAUUCCAUUUGUUCUUAAACUUCUCCUUCACAUAAUAUCUGAGUCAAAUAGAAAUAUUACACAAUUAAUAUUUUCAUUAAAUUACAAAAAUCUUGAAUAAUUGGGUUAUGAAGUAUUUGUAUUAUACCAAGCAACAUAGAAGAGCUUUAGUAUCAUACAUAGUGGAAUCUAUAAUGGAAUAUAUCAUGUUCAAACACUUGUUAUAGGAGAAAUAAUCUAAAAUGUAAUGAUGUCCCUUAAUAUUGUUGAUGUUAAUAUGCAUUUAGUAAUAUCAAAAGUGAAAAUUAACAAAUAGUUUUCAGUCAAACUAAAAUCAUGCUUUGUGUAUGUGUUGACAGGAGGGUAAAUAAAGGCAUUGACAAAGGAUAUUAAAUUCUAUACAUUAUGAGGUCACUUUUAUC